UCUCUUUCCUUUCCUUCUUUUAAAUUUAUAUUUAUACAUCUCCACACCCUUCACCCACCUCCCAAAACUUAAACACUAAUCUCUCUCUCUCUCUCUCUCUCUCUCUCUCUCUCUUUCUCUCUCUUCAUUAGUUCCCAGAUCCUCUUCAAUGGCCUCGUUAAUGCUGUUGCUGCUCCUGCUCCAAUCUCUUCUCCCUCUACUAAUAUUCUCCCUAUUCUCAGGGGUGUCGGCGGUGGCGACGUUCACGAUCGCGAACAAUUGCAGGUACGCAGUGUGGCCGGGGAUUCUGUCGAGCGCCGGCGCUGCGCCGCUGGCGACGACGGGGUUCGCGCUCGCGCCGGGCGAGGCGCGCGCCGUCGACGCGCCGGCCGGGUGGUCGGGGCGCAUCUGGGGCCGAACGCUCUGCGGCGGCGGCGGCGGCGGCGGGGCCUUCUCUUGCGCCACGGGCGACUGCGGCUCCGGCGCCAUCGAGUGCUCUGGCGGCGGCGCCGCGCCGCCCGCCACGCUCGCCGAGUUCACCCUCGACGGCAGCGGCAGCAACGACUUCUACGACGUCAGCCUCGUCGACGGGUACAACAUCCCGAUGCUGGUGGCCCCGCAGGGCGGCAGUGGGCCCAAUUGCAGGCCCACCGGGUGCCUAGCGGAUCUGAACGGGGUGUGCCCAUCGGAUCUGAAGGUGGUGGUGGGCGGCGAGGGGGUCGCGUGCCGGAGCGCCUGCGACGCGUUCGGGGCGCCGCAGUACUGCUGCAGCGGUGCGUACGGUAGCCCCAGCACCUGCGGGCCGACGUCGUACUCGCUCUUCUUCAAGAACGCGUGCCCGCGGGCUUACAGCUACGCCUACGACGACGCCACCUCGACGUUCACCUGCGCUGCCGCGACCGCCUCCUCGUACAUCAUCACAUUUUGCCCCAGCACAUCCAGCUUGAAGUCGUCGAGCGCGAACCCGGAGGCCGCGGGGCUGCCGCUGAUCAACAACACCAUGGUCUUUGUGAGUGGUGCUGCUGUGCCGGGCCGUGCCGAUCGCCGUAGUGGGCUCCACCUCUCCCUCCUCCUCGUCGUCUCUGUACAUAUGCUGACGUGGCACUUUUUCCUAUUCUCACGCCCCUUUUAGUUAGAUCCACACGUGCUCCUCCCCACGUGCGCGCGGGUUGCUAUUCUCACGCCGCUCUCCACGCCAUUCGUAGUGCGGAACCCCUCAAUUACAAGCAAUUUUGAACUAGGCCCUUCACUUUUUUUUUUUUUUUUUUUUUUACUUUUAUUAGUUGUAUUUUCUUAGCUUCUAAUUUUUUUGACUUUAAACAAUUGUCAUUAAAUCUAGUGACUUUGUUUCAA